AUGGAACACAUAUACGAGCAUUCUUGGGAGGAGUCCCUGAAAACAGACGGCCCCCAUAUCGUAAUAGAAAAGGCUGGCUCUCUCAGAACGUUAUGGCUGCUUGUGACUGGAGCAUUUAAUUCACUUUUGGGAGUGCUGGUUGGGAGGGAUCAGCUGCUGAUGCAACGGUUUAUCGUGCUGCUAGAGCAUCUGGCGCGCUGGUGGUUAUACCAGACGGUAUGUAUUAUUUAG